AUGACCGUGCACAAGUUUGAUCAAAACAUGGCGGUUGUCAGUGACGAAUUCGUAUUUCGAGACGAUUUUGAUGCUAUUUUGGAUGCCCUCGAAGACGAUGAUGCGGUACAAGAAGAAUUCAAUGCUGCCAUAGAAAAGGUUGAAAAAAAAGACAGCCAAUGUGAAAAGUGUGGCAAAAUAUGUAGAACUAUUGCAGGCAUGAAGAGGCACAUAACAGCAAAGCAUCCUCAAGAAAACAACAAUGGCCACACAGAGAGUUCAACAUUGCAAAAUUGCAAUAUGUUAACUCCUGCUAUCCUAAAGUCUUUGGCUGAGAAUGCAGCUACUAAAAUUAGAAACAGUGCUGUUUUCUCUAAACCAAUUCAGCAUGAACUCUCAAUUUAUCAGCUGACUGAGCUUGAAAAAUGUAGCCCACAGUUCAAAAUUCUUUACGAUAUAUACAACUCUUUUCAAAAGAACAGGGAUUCAGAAAAGUUCUACGCAAGUUUUUAUGCGUCUGUCCCAUUGAAAUCAAGAGAUUUCUUUCCAGGCCUGGCAUCAAAUGCAGCAACUUUACUUGCUACCAAGCUUGCAGAUAUGAUGAUUGUUCAUUUGAAAGAAUUGACCCAGAAAAAUCCAAAAAUACAUUGUAAAGAAGUGUGUGAAAGAGAACUAGGAGGGCUACAGUAUAUUGGAGGGUAUGUUUUGCAUAACCUGCACAAAAAUACAGAAAUGAAAAAAAUUGGCGUUCAUUAG